GCUCUCAUUUUUCUCCCUCCUUCUCUCUCUGAAAUAUUAUCCCCGGCGACGUGCGGUGGCACUCGCCGUAAAUAACUCCAAGCCCAGUGGCAUUUUUCUUCCCGGAUUUCCAGAUGGGUAACAAUUCGAGCGCGAAGUCGGUGGGAUUGGACGGUCAGGAUUCGGACGGCGGGGAGGACAGACGGCCGGAGGGCUCCGACAAUCCUGCGGCGGAGCGCGGGAGAUCUCCUCCGGAGAGCCCCAGGCGGUCCCAGUCCCCUUUUCUGUUCGCACCUCAGGUUCCAAUUGCUCCUUUGCAAAGACCUGAUGCCUCACCACCAGCUUUCAACCAUUUAUGGAUGAAUGAUGACCAUGGACAUUCAGAUACUCCCACUCCAAAGGGGAUUCCCACAUUGAUCUCAUGGAAUUAUGGAGGAAAUGAGGUCGCUGUAGAAGGGUCGUGGGAUAACUGGAAAUCAAGGAGGGCAUUGCACAGAUCAGGCAAAGAUCAUUCCAUUCUGCUCGUCCUUCCGUCUGGAAUUUACCAUUACAAGUUCAUUGUAGAUGGAGAAUUCAGACACAUUCCAGAUCUUCCUUUCUUUACUGAUGAGAAUGGCCAGAUAUCCAACAUUCUUGAUGUAAAUGACAUUAUUCCAGAGAACAUCGAAAGUGUUAAAGAAUUCGAACCCCCUCCCUCCCCAUUCACAAGCUACGCUCAUCCAUACCCUGAGGAAGAAGAAUUUGCAAAAGACCCGCCGGCGCUUCCGCCCCAAUUACAUCUCAACUCCCUCGGUCCAGAAAACUCUGAUGACGAAUCUGACUCUGUUAAACCUCAGCAUGUGAUCCUCAACCAUCUCUUCAUCGAGAAAGGAUGGGCUGCGAGAUCAGUUGUGGCCCUUGGCCUCACUCAUAGGUAUCGGUCAAAGUAUGUGACUGUUGUGCUUUAUAAGCCUCUUCAGAAGUGAAGGGAAAAUGUACAGGAAAUUGUAGCUAACCGAGAAGUUGUGGAUAUUUUGGAAUGUGAAAACUGUUUUGGUUUCAGCUUUUCUGUGUUCCAUGGUGUCAGCUCCUUGGGAUAAUUUGCUGUUUUUGAAUUUAUAUUUUCGAAUGUGAAAACUCUUUUGGUUUCA